CAUCCAUCCCUGCAUCCUUAUUCUGUCCCCCUCCCCGCAUAUCGCCAUGAACAGCUGUCGAGGACGAGCGAGGAAACGUUCCUUAUGGGACACCCAAAUUUCGGAUCUUUUCUGGCCUGUAGUAUUGCUUUCAGGCCUCGUCUCCGCUUAUCAGCCCGUAUACUUCGGCUCCCGACAAUCGUCGCCCUUUCUUCCCCCUCAGAUCCCUUUAGCGGAGUCCCCAUCACUUGAUGGCACCCAUGAGUUCACUCUUCGCCACAUGUUCCAUCGAGGGACGUAUCAAGAUCCCGAUCUCCACCUAAGGCUAGACAUUCACCCGGAGACCCGUCUUCGGGCCGUUUCAGAGGAUGGUGUCGAAUCCGAACCUGUCGCAGUCAACACCCCGCUGAUUGCAUCGUCCAAACCCCUCACCAUUCAACGGCUUGCAGAUCGACGACUUUCCGUUAUCGAUGAUUAUCUAUUUGCCGCCAGGUCCUCAGGGUCGGCGGUCGCUUUGUCACCUGAUGCUUGGGUCAUGGACACGCUAGCCGGCCCUAAUGUAACAGAUAAGAAGACGGUCAUCACUAUGGCAAUGAUGACUGCAAACGAUUACAUUGAGGAGCCUGGCACGGGUGACUGGCAGGAUGUACACGGCCGUUUCAACCAUUCCGGAAGCUUUGGAUGGCAGGGUGACGGACUACGAGGGCAUGUCUACGCCGACCAGACAAACAGUACUGUCGUUAUUUCUAUCAAAGGAACAUCUCCAGCGCUUUUUGACGGAGAGGGUACCACCACGAACGAUAAAAUCAACGACAAUCUGAUGUUCAGCUGCUGCUGUGGCCAGGGUGGUUCAUAUCUUUGGCGUCAGGUGUGCGACUGCCAGACAACGCUUUACACGGCCAAUCUUACCUGCAUCGUUGAGGCGAUGCAGGACGAAAAUCGAUACUACCGUGCUUCGUUAGAUCUCUACUCAAACGUGAUUGAGAUGUACCCCGAUGCAAAUAUUUGGCUGGCAGGCCAUUCCUUGGGAGGCGCCGUGGCCAGCUUACUCGGUCUGACGGUAGGUGUGCCAGCCGUUACUUUUGAGGCCGUCCCGGAGGCACUGCCUGCCGCUCGUCUCGGCCUUCCCAGCCCUCCAGGUCACGACUCAAGAUUUCCCCAGUCCCGUAAGUUCACCGGGUCUUAUCAUUUUGGGCACACUGCGGACCCUGUGUACAUGGGGACCUGCAACGGCGUUAGUUCUGCCUGUACGUGGGGUGGGUAUGCCAUGGAGUCCGCAUGCCAUACUGGCCAGAUGUGUGUUUAUGACACCGUGGAAGACAAAGGAUGGCGUGUUGGACUGAACAGACACCGCAUCAAUUUUAUUAUUUCCAACGUUCUGGAGAGCUACGAUGAGUUGCCGCCUUGUGCUCCCGAGGAAGAAUGCUACGACUGCGAACUCUGGAAGUUCUUCCGCAGCAACGGUUCCGAGAUCACCACGACGACGACUUCAACAACGUCUACUUCAACUUCCUUUUCCAGUACCCGAACGACGACCUGCAAGACCCCGGGAUGGUGGGGCUGCCUGGACGAGACGACUACAACAGAGCCGUCUGCUACGUCCACAUCCACAUCCACAUCAACCUGCAAGACCCCGGGAUGGUUUGGCUGUAAAGACCCGACGACUACUUCGGAUGCAACCAGCCGGCCAACCAUCACGACCACUGAGCCCAUCUCCUCGACUACCACAUGUAAGCAUCCCGGCUGGUUUGGCUGUCGCGAUCCCACCUUAACCACUACUCCCACGGCUACUGCCUCCCGGACGCCGCCUCCCGAUACCAGCUCCAAAUCAUUUGACUUUUGGUUACCUUUUUACUUUCUGCUGACAACAUCUGCCCCCUGGGGCCUGGAAACCGCAGUGUUGUCUACACAUUACAUAUUGUAUACUUUGGCAUAA